AUGGACUUGCACUCGCUACCACCGAGCAGAGCGGCGCUGCUGCCCGCCGACGAGGCCGCCCGUCGCGGCGUGCUCGAGGACUCGAUGUUUCCGUCGCUGGGGAACGACGCCGGCAGCCCCAGUGUCGAGUCGCCCCAGGAGAUGCAGAAGAACGACCCGCUGGGCACGCAGAUCUGGAAGCUGUACUCGCGGGCAAAGACGCAGCUGCCCAAUGCGGAGCGCAUGGAGAACUUGACAUGGCGAAUGAUGGCCAUGAACAUGCGGCGGGCCGAGCUCGAUCGCAAUAAAUGGUCGAGCCAGGGCAGCAUGGACAUGCUGAUGCCGCCGCCAACCGCGAGCGUGAACAUGAACAUGAACAUGGACGUGAGCACAGGUACAGGCGCAGGCACACGACCAGCGCCCAGCACCGCACCGAGUGGCAUUGCGCAACAGCUGCGCAAGUCGGUCGACCGCCAGGCACACGCCCAGCAGCCGCAGUCAGACGCCAUGAACCUGGACGAUUUUAUAUUCCCCUCGUCAGUGGGAAGUCCCGCAGGAUUGUCGCCACACAUGUCGGAAGAGGUGGUGGGCCCGUUUAAUGCGACCGCCCCAGCGAUACCGAUAAGGAAGCCACACCAAGCCAGCGACCAUAACCUCUCCCUCGCCCGCGCAUCUGCGCCCUCGGUCCCUCCCCUGGUUGGCAGAGAGAAUGAUUUUGGCUACGUGCCCCGUCACGUCCGCAAGACCAGCAUUGACGAGCGUCGACCACCCAAACGGCGCGCAGAGGCCUCUCCCCAGGUCCCGCCCGUCAACAGCAUCAUGAUCCCCACCGACGCCCAGCAAGAGGCCGACCUGCACCACUACUCGCUCGACCAGCCCAUGCACCCGCCGCACUUCCCAGCCUCGCAGUCGCACGUUCCCUACUCCAUCGACACCUUCCAGAUGCACGACGACCCCAUCGUCAACUCGGCGGGGCCCUUCCAGCAGAACUUUGGCUUCUCGCCCGUCGGCUCGCCCUUGAUGAACCACAACCACAACGCCUCGUACUCCAACAUGUUCAACCCAAACUCGAUAGCCUCGUCCCUCAACUCGACCGACUACUACUCUCCUCCCAGCUCCGCCUUUCCCUCGACCGUCUCCACUCCCCAGCCAAUCCCCGACGACAACCACAUGUACUUUGACCGCACCGGCAUGGACAUCCGUGGCCAACACACUGCUUCUUCGUACGGACCCCACCGCCCCUCAGGUCUGUCAGCUUCAAUGCAACCGCACUUCAUCUUCAACCCCAGUGGUGGCGGCCCAGACACCGUCUUCAGUCCCGUUACGAGUUCCAGCUCGUCCCUGCCCUUUUCAGCGACCUCGUUCGGUCAUGCAGGCCACGUCGAUCCGUCUCAGGUGCUGCACAACAACCUCCCUUUGCGACAACAGCAGGAGAUGCAAAUACCACGGCACGAGAACAUGUUCACGUUUGGGGCCGACUCCGACGCAGAAGACGAGGAUGGAGGCGCCUUUGCAGAUCGCACUAUGCCAUCACAGGAUUAUUCCCCAAUGGAAGAGGGGCCUUUGGACUUCACCACAGGCUUUCAGUGGGAAACAAAUCUCUCCAAUCAAUUUAACCCCAUGCCAGCGCGAUACCCGGCAGGGCCCCCACGCAAGACGGUUACGAUUGGUGGGACUGAAAUGGUGCACUCACCGCAAGAUCACUGGAGUCCUGGCAGCCUUGGCCGAACCCACGGCUCAGCUGCCUCUGUGAGCGACAUACGUAACCGUGGAAAUGACCCACGCCGCCAAAAAAUACCCCGCAUUAGCUCGACGCCAAACGCGGCAGGAAUGGUGCACCAGGGCAUGUACGGCCGACCGCAGUCAUCGCCAAAUUCACCCCCAGAAUCGGGUCUCAAUUCUGCAGCGCCCUCACGGCCUCAAAGUCCAGGCGGCACAAAACAGGGAGAAAGCAGUGCACCCACGACUUGCACCAAUUGCUUUACGCAAACCACACCCUUGUGGCGCCGCAACCCAGAAGGUCACCCUCUUUGCAAUGCGUGUGGAUUGUUUUUGAAACUGCACGGCGUGGUCCGGCCAUUGUCGCUCAAGACGGACGUUAUCAAGAAGCGCAACCGAGGGAGUGGCAACGCUCCCGUUGGCUCUGCUUCGACACGAUCGUCGAAAAAGUCGUCUCGCAAGAACUCAAUCGCACAAACAACGCCAGUCACGACACCAAAGGCAACGGACUCGGAAUCUCCAAACUCGACAGGUUCUGGAGGUGGUGGAAGCGCCUUUCUAUCUUCAAUCACCCCUUCAGCUUCAAAGUCUGGCGGUGUGGUUCCUAUCGCUCCUGGUCCACCCAAGCCUAGUAGUUCAACCACCCCAACCCAGUCUCGUGGGGUCGCUGCAAUGCCUAAACGCGCUCGAGGUCAAAGCAAGAGCGACUCACAGGAGUUGGAGAUGGCCGACGCCGACGACACGAAUGGAAGAGCCCCACUGCGGAGAAGAGAUACCGCGAUCGCGGCGACAUCGACCGCUUUCCCGAGUCAAAACCUUAGUGCUCUUCCCAUGGGUGCUAUGGGUCAAGGGCUACAAUCGUCUGGUCCUGCAGAAUGGGAAUGGCUGACAAUGAGUCUAUGA